UCAUGUGACAUUUCCAGUGUCGCCAUUUUCUGCAGCUACACCGGUGUUCCUGUGAAGAGGUGGCUUCUUCUUGUCGUUCCUGUGUUGCAUGAAAGGGCCUUGCAAUUGACAGUGCUGAGAAUCGACAGAAACGUUGACGUUUGGUUUAUAAGAAAGGAAAUACACGGUUGUGCGUUUUCACUGUCAGUAGGUUUUCCCUGAGCGCGUGGAAGAAUGUCGUCAGAAAGCCCCGAGUACUCCCCGUUCUUCGCAGUGAUGGGAGCCUCUGCGGCUAUGGUCUUCAGCGCGUUGGGGGCAGCCUAUGGCACGGCUAAGAGCGGCACGGGCAUUGCUGCCAUGUCGGUGAUGCGGCCGGAGCUCAUCAUGAAGUCCAUCAUUCCUGUGGUCAUGGCGGGUAUCAUCGCCAUCUACGGGCUGGUGGUGGCGGUGCUCAUCGCCAACAACAUUUCAGAGAAAGUCACGCUCUACAAGAGUUUCCUCCACCUGGGUGCUGGGCUGAGUGUGGGGCUGAGCGGGCUGGCGGCUGGUUUCGCCAUCGGCAUUGUGGGUGACGCAGGCGUUCGGGGUACCGCCCAGCAACCCAGGCUUUUCGUGGGCAUGAUCCUCAUCCUGAUCUUCGCAGAGGUCCUGGGGCUCUACGGUCUUAUCGUGGCUCUCAUCCUCUCCACGAAGUAGAGAAAGAAAGAAAAUAACAAAGUCCUUCCAUCCGUCUGUGUACGUCGAGUCAACGCUACGUCAUCCAUUCCAUAUAUAAACAACUAAGAAAUACAGAACAAAUUGGAGAGCAUGCCUUUAUGCCUGGUUCCAAAUCAGCUCCCUUUAGCCACUUCUUUCCUAGUGACACUACUUGAUGGUCCUUUGUAGAUCUAAUAGGUUUGAAUAAGUGUUAGCAAUAUGGUAAUGGUAAAGCCACAUACCUACCCCCUACCUACCUACCUACAUUGCUUAUUCAUGCCUGUCAGAUCUACGAGGGAGGCAUCUUGAGGUGUUAUGGGCUGUGCCCCAAAUGGCACCAUAUUCUCUACAUAGUGCACUACUUUUGACCAGAGCUGUAUGGGCCAUAGUGCUCUGGUCAAAAGUAGUGCACUCAAUAGGGAAUAGGGUGCGAUUUGGGACACGGCAUGGGGUUGAUUUGGGAUUGGGUGGGAAGCGAAAAGCGUCUCAUCUAUUCCAGUCGUAUCUCUUUUCCUGUACAGUCGUCCUUGAGUCCAGUGGUCAACCCCUUGUAAAUGUAGUGACACGUUCGUCCUGUGCGUGCGUAUCGGUUUACCUCCUUCCUCCCAAUUUCCUCUCAUUUGUGUGUCUGCUAAAUUGCUUUUAUUAUUGUUCCUUUGUUUUUGUUUUUUCUUUUAAUGUCCGAAGAACUGACUGUUGGACAAAUCAUUUUAUUUUUCUGGGGACCAUUUUCACAUUAAAGGACCUAACUAAUACGAGGACAUGGAUAACUAUAUAUUUUUUGUUUGGUUGUUUUUUCACUAAUUAUUUAUGAAGAUUUUGAAAUGUUAAUAAAACUAUUUAAAUGGAACAAAGUGUUUUGAAAUGUUAAAACUGUUUAAAUGGAACAAAGUGUUUUGAAAUGUUAAUAAAACUGUUUAAAUGGAACAAAGUGUUUUGAAAUGUUAAAACUGUUUAAAUGGAACAAAGUGUUUAUCGAGUUCCCAAUGAGAGGUAUGUGUAUAGCUAGGGUUACUAUGGAGACUGUCUCUGAUGUCCAGAUGUGGGAGUUAACUGUGUUUAUGGCGGCAGGCAUGUAAGUGUGUGGCAUGUGAGCGUUCGUGUGUAUGCUGUGUAAGAGUGUGUUUUAACUCUAAUACGUCAUUCUCAACACUCAUUCGUACCGUUGACCUGUAGUACUGGGGUGUAAUCAUUACUCCAAACGAAAACUAGACAGAUUCUAUUGGACAGAUUCAGGUAGGUUCCCCCCCCGUUUAGUUCGUAAAUGGUUUCUGUUGCAAGACGUAAUGACUAAACAUCAGCCGUGGGGUUGCAGUUGCUCACUGUCGGGCCUCGUCUGUCUAAUUUCCAAUUAAAUCUCAACCUCCAAACCACA